AUGCGACCGCGCGCCGCGAGUGCGCUUUUCCUUCAGAGCGGCUCUGCCCCGGUUCUUCCCCCAGGCGUCUACAUGCAGCCUCCAGACGCCCCAGCCGAUUCUUCUUCUCCCUCCUCUUCUCCCUCCUCUUCUGCUACCGCUUCUGCUCCCUCUUCUGCGCCUCCCCCUGCGUCGUCGUUGCCUGCCUCUUCCUCUUCUUCUUCCACCUCUCCGUCACGGGGGCCUGCCCCCUUCCGCGUGCGCGUGAAGCUCGAGCGCCCGCAUUCGCCACCGUACGCCUCGACUUCCUCUCCGCCGCCUGCAGCCCCGCCUGCAGCACCCCCGUUACCUUCCCCUCCGUCUCUCCCCUCUCCGCCUUCUCGUCCGUCUCUUUCUUCUAGCGCCCCGUCCGCAGCGGUCGCGGAGGUGGCUGCGGCGCCUGGCGCGGCGCGAGGGAAGCGCGAGGAGGGCGGAGACAAGCCCGAGGAGGACGCCGAGAAGCGGGGCGGCGGCAGCGGCGAUGGCGAGCGCGAGGCAUCCGUCGCGGCGAUGCGCUUCUCGACGUGCGGCGCCGCAGUAGUAGUUGUCGUCGACUUGAGCGCGAGUCUCUGGCGGAAGCGGCGCUUCUCGUUCCGCAGAGAAGCCGCGCCGAGGGAGAAAGACGCAGGACCGGCUGCGAAGAAGCACGUCACCAAGAAGCCGAAAGAAGAGCCGAACGCGCCGCCCCUCACCGCCUUUCUGCGCUUCCUCGACUGCGUUCUGUGCGGCUUCGUCCGCACGCUGACGCUUCUCACGCCCAACAGCGAAGUGGCCGUGAUCGGCAUGAACGAGCGGACGAGCGCAGUGUUGGCGUCGGGGCGAGUGCCGAACAUGCUGGCGGAGGCUGCGGGCCUCGGAGGUUUCUUCUCGGCGAUGAUGACCCGGGUGGCGCAGUUUGCCGUCGGCCUUCCUCUGGCGCCGGCCUUCGCGAGCGGCGUCAAGGCCGAGCGCAGCGCGGCACCUGAGGCCUCACGCGACGAGCCGCGCGCGGCAGACCCCGACGCAUGCGUGAAGAGGAUCAAAACUGAGAGAGGGAGCGCGCCGAGCGCGUGCGCAGAGACAGCCGCAGCGGCAGCGCCAAGCAGCGCGGAGAGGACUCCAUCGGGGCGAACGUUCUGCGGCGAAGAUCCGAUGCUGGCGGGCGCCUUGUCCCUCGCCCUCUGCUAUCUAAAUAAAGUUUCGAAGCGAAGCGCGCGGACGCCUGAGCGGCGGAUUCUCAUCCUGGACGGCUCCGUUGGGCGAUCUUACUCGUCGCAGUAUAUGCCCCUGAUGAACCUCGCGUUCGCAGCGGCAAAAGGAAACAUUGUCAUUGACUGCUGCGCGCUUUGCUCGAACCCCUCGACCAUCCCCGAACAGCUGUGCGACAUCUCCCGGGGAGUUCAUCUCAAGUUUUCGCAGGCUGCGCCGCCUGCAGGUGCCAGCUCGAACCUGGAUGACGGCUUGGCGCUUCUCCAGCUGCUGCUCUUUUGGAUUUUUCCUUCUGCCGCGCUGCGGCCUGCGAUCGCGGCCCUGUCUGUACACCGCAGACGGAGCAAUACAGCCGUCUGCUUCUGCCACCACAGACCCGUGGAAGUCUGCUGCAUUUGCUCCUGCUGCCUCGCAAUUUAUUGCUCGGAGAAGGACGCGCAAACGGGGAAGGAGAGGAUCUCCUGCGACGUCUGCAAAUCCCGCUUUUCUCGCGGCUUGCUAAAAAACAAAAUGGCCGGCGGCGUAGAUCUCCCGAGUUACUGA